GGUAUGCUGAGUUCUACUUAAAUUAAAACUCUGAGGAGCCUUUGUAUUACUUCUAGCCUUUGCCUCAUAAUCUCAAAUAAUAUAAACAAAUAUCAGUUAUAUCCUGUUUUGUUUUUGAUUUUUACGAUUUUAACUUUGAAAAAUUCGUGUGUAUGUGUGUGUAUACGCAUAUGUGACGUCAUCAACAAUGGUUACCUUCACCCAACUGUAUGUAUUCUAGGCGCACAUCAUAAGCAAUCGUGGAAAUUAUAAGACAAAUUUAUAUAUAUAAACAGAAAAAGCCAUGGCGAAUGGAAGAGAUUUCUACGCGGGUUCUCGAGCUUUCGAAUGGUUAGCUAUGCUUGUAGGGCUUCCGAUUGAUCAGUUUAACUUCCUCAUUUGCCAGUUUAUAGCCUUGAUGCUUGCUAUUGUUUACAAGAAGGUGCUUCCACCUAAUAAAGUGACACCUCAAGUUCGGCAUACAGUUGCUUUACUGAUUGGAAUUGUACUUGGGUAUUUUUGUUUUGGACACCAAAUUAGCCAUUUGUGUCUAUUGGGUACUAUAUCAUACAUUAUUAUGAACAGUAUAAAUCCACAGAUUAUGCACAGAGGAGUAUUGUUUGUUGCAUUACUCUACCUGUCCUCUCUUCACCUGCUACGUUUGACUUAUGACUAUGGUGGAUGGACACUAGAUAUUACAGGGCCAGCCAUGAUUGCAACCCAGAAAGUGAGUAGUGUGGCAUUUAGUCUUCAUGAUGGAUUAGCAAGAUCAGAAGAAAACCUGAGUUUGGACCAGAAACGAUAUGUUAUUAGACAGAGUCCAUCAGUGCUGGAGUUUUUCAGUUAUAUAUUCCACUUUCAAGGCCUUAUGUGCGGACCUCUGAUGUUUUACAAUGAUUACAUUACAUUUAUAGAAGGAAAGUCGUACAACAGAGUUAAGCAUCCUCAGGGACAAGCACUCGAUGAAACAACUAAAUAUCUGAUCUUCCAGGGUCCUCCAUUGGAACAAGUAAUACAGAAAAUAACUGUUAGCAUAUUCUUUGCUCUCUUCCUGGUGAUCAUUGUGCCACAUUUUCCUAUUACAUACUUAACAGAAGAGAAGUUUUUAAAUGAAACACCAUGGCUUUCACAAAUGUUCUACAUCAUAGUUGCAACAUCGGUUGUAAGAAGCAAGUAUUAUCAUGCUUGGCUUUUAGGAGAAGCAGUUUGUAACGCUGCAGGCCAGGGAUUCAAUGGAUUUACUAGUGGUGGUCAACCAAGAUGGGAUCUGAUGUCUAAUGUAGACAUUGUGAGAUUUGAGAUGUCGGUGAACUUCAGAGAAUCGUUAGAAACGUGGAACAAAACAACACAGGUCUGGUUAAAAUCAAUUGCUUAUGACAGGGCAGCAAGUCACAAAACAUUGCUAACAUAUAUUCUGUCAGCCAUCUGGCAUGGUUUCUACCCUGGCUACUACUUCACUUUCCUUGGUGGAGCUUUGCUCACUGUGGCAGCUCGUUCUGUGCGACGAAGUGUACGUCCUUACUUUCAGACCAGCAAGCCUAUUUCAGUGUUCUAUGAUAUUCUUUCUUGUCUGGCUACACGAGUGGCCUUAGCGUACAUAGUUUUUCCAUUUAUUCUGCUAGAAUCAAUGGCCUCUCUCAAAGUUUAUUGGAAUUUCUAUUUCUUGGGUCACAUUAUUGCACUCUUGGCUAUAUUUGUGCUACCCAUAGUUUUACCACCACAAACAAAAUCGGGUAAAAGUUCAUCAGCAGAAAAUGACCAGCGCAUCUCAUCAGCUUCAGAUACUAGUUGUUUCAGUCAGGCAACUGCAUCUUUCAGUUGAUUAAAAUGUACAGGUUUCAUGUUUGUGUUGUUUACAUUCAUGUAUGUGCAAAUAUGUAGGAUACAUUUUAAAAGUAUCUGUACAAACUGUAGGACAGCAGUUGGAAAGUAGUGCCAUCUGUUUGUUGAGCUGUGAAACUAAGAUUUUGUUAAUAUCUGGUGUAACAUUUAAGACAUUAUUUGGUAUUGCUGUGGUAUAAAUUAUGUAAUUACUUUUAGUUUUACAAUUGCUUUGAUAACCAAUCAAGUAAGUAAUGUUAUCAAUUUUUCUUAUUGAGCCUAUUUGAACAAUUAAUUUAUAUAUAUAUUUACACUGAAAGGAAAUGUGCAAGCUAGUGAGGAGCUUAUUAAUAAUUUAAAAACGUAUUAUAUAUACAUAUAUAUUUUUUAUACAGAUAACUUAAAUAAAUCAUAUCUUGUUCCCAAGUUUAUUUUAUUUCAGGUAUGAGCAGAAACACAGAGUUUAUCCUGAGGUUUUGUGUUCAUUUCAUGUAGAUUAUUUUCAGUCAACAAAAUUGUUGUUUUUACUAAUUUUAGACAGUAAUUCAGUAUUAACUGUAAAAUAAAUUUAUCAUCUUAUUUUUA